GAUGUCAAGACCGGGAGCCAUCCGUCACCUACUCUCGAUUCCUUGCGGGAUACGCGGAUAGACAGCGAGCAUCCGUGCUACACCGUCACCCAAGAGACGCCAAUGAGGUGGUGGCGCAGGCUUCGAAUUCCUCACCGCAGGACAAUUUUCUUUUCUUUUUUCUUUUCUUUUACUUGGCUUUUGUUAGGGUUGAGAUGAGUCUCCGGACUUGAGACACUUAUGUCAAUAGUUUCUGGCCGCGGGAAAUUCCAUCGUCGUCCCAAUCUCAAUGUCUAAGAUUGGAGUCGCCACAUGGAAGCGGGAAGGGGGGCUCAACAAGCCGAUGAGUCCAUUUUCGAUCUACAUAACUAGUUGGUUGCCAAUGUGCCGCCGGUCGCACGCUGUCGUUCCUGUACAUGUCACAAUGUGCUGUGGUGCUACUCUCACAUAGGCCCCGCCAACAUUGCCGCGUCUCAUAUACGUAGUGCCCGAAGGCGAUCUUCUGGGGAACGGUGGGAUCCGAAAGAGAAUCCUCACACGCUGUAAAGCAUCUCCCCGGAGCGACCGCCGUGGUCCAGAGCUCUGGCCCACUAUGAACCUACCAAGAGAAGCUCGUCACGCGCCGCGGAAGCUAGUCCUAUGUUUUGACGGGACGGGGAAUAAGUUCAGGGGGGACGACAGCGACAGCAACAUCUUGAAAAUAUUCAGAUGUCUAGAUCGCCAGGCCGGUGAUCAGUACCAUUACUACCAACCGGGAAUCGGGACAUAUGUCGUGUCGAACUCGCUUUCCAACACGACUUUGAAAGCUAGGAUACGGUCAUGGUACCUGAAGGCAAAGGACUCCGCCGUCGGGUCAAGCUUCGACCAUCAUGUGGUCGGUGGCUAUCGUUUCCUCAUGCGUUUCUACAAUCCCGGCGACGAGAUUUACUUCUUCGGGUUCUCGCGAGGAGCCUACGUGGCGCGUUUCCUCGCCGAGAUGAUUGACUACGUCGGGCUGCUCUCCCACGGUAACGAAGAAUUGGUUGCCUUCGCCUGGAAAGCGUUUUCGCAAUGGCAGAGUCGCCAAUCGGAGCAGACGGAGAAGCAGCAGGCUCAGCGGCAGGAGAUGUAUCGCUUCAUGAAGGGGUUCCGGGAAACGUUCAGUCGGCCGGUCAAGAGAAUCAGGUUUCUGGGGCUCUUCGAUACCGUCAACUCUGUGCCCCGGUUUGAGACCGCAUGGAUGCAGCGGUCUAAGUUCCCGUACACCGCUAGGAGCAGCGCCAAGGUCAUUCGACAUUGCGUAUCCAUCGAUGAGCGCCGCGCCAAGUUUAGGCAGGACCUCAUCUACCAGGGAGCCAUCAGGAAGACUCGUUUGGAUCACCAUCAUCCCCAUCCCUUCCACGAGAUGAAGCACCGCGCGAGACGGCCAAGGUCUUCGCAGCCUGGGGAGAGCAAGGAUCCGAGGGGGCGACAGCGGAGUCUGGCGCCCCCCGCGGAGAAGACGUUCCGCCCCCGGUCCCGCUCCAGGUCUAGAGCGACAGACAGGUCCGACAGACCGAGACCAAGAAACAGCGCAGCUGAGCUCGAAGUGGUUGACGACGGUGACGACUCGGACGACGACGAGCAGGACAUUGAUGAGAUCUGGUUCGCCGGUGGUCAUGGUGAUAUUGGCGGCGGCUGGGAGGUCCCCGUUGACGCUAAGUCGGCGAGCCACGUGCCCCUCACCUACAUGAUCAGAGAAGCGCAGAAAGCCGGACUCUCCUUCGACCCUGUGAAGCUGGUUGAGAUGGGAGUUGCCGAGGCGGCGUCGGGGGCCCUGGACAGCAGUACUAGCGGUCAAGUGUACCACGCUGACGACGGCGCUCCCGAUAUCCUAAUUGAGAGCGCGAGCCCCCUUGAGUCCCACGGCCCCCUCUCCCCCGGGUCUCAGCACAUCGAUUGGGAGCAGCCGAGAGAUGCUGACGCGGAAGAGAAGCACCACCACCACCACCAUCACAUCGGCCCCUUUCACCACAUGAUCCAAAAGGCGCACCUAGCCAGGAUACACGACUCGCUCGAGUUUGCGUCCGGCCUGGGUAAGGGCCAAGUGAUAACCUGGAAUAUCAUGGAAUACAUGCCGUUCCGGCGGAUGGACCUGCAGCCGGACGGGUCGUGGAAGCCGAUCCGGUGGCCGCUGCCGUGCGGCGAGGUGCGCGACAUCCCGCACGCGGCGCGGAUCCACGGGUCGGUGAUCCGGCGGAUGCGCGAGGACGCGACGUACCGGCCGGGGAACCUGAUCAUCGGCGGCGGCGGCCGCGGCCUGCGCAGGGCCCCCGACAGCUACGGCAUGGGCGAGUGGGUGUGCGUCCAGAACUCCGGAGACCCGGUCGGCGAGGUCUGGGUCCGCAAAGGCACCCAGGCGGAGCCGCAAUAGGUACGCGAACCCAACGCCUUCGCUGUGGGUGAGGGGCAAUCGAUAUAGCGCAGUGCUCGAAAGAGAAGGGGGGAAAAAAACCCUUGAGUUUUCUUGUAACUUAUGCCUAUUAGGUAGUAGGUAUGGGUCUAUUUCCGUUCGGGUUUGACGUGCGGCUAGUUCUAAUAAUAGAACCACGUCGCGCGGACCGCUCGCUAGGUUUCAUCUAUUUUGAGAUAUAUUACCUACCUACUCUGCAUUCUCAAAUAUUACUUCCCUGUCCGAAUAGUAAGUCCUGGGUGAGGAGGGUCUGAGGCAUUCAACGUUCUACAGCCUCUCGAUGCGAAGCCUAGCAUACCUACCUAGGUGGGUAGGUAGAUAUUAUCUACAUACAUAGGUACAAUUGGGACCAGAUUUCACCGCGUUUAACAACAACUCGUUGUGAUAUACAGUAAGACCAAAACUUAGGUACCCGGAUCUCAGGGCCCCGGCGUCGGCCCCAUCCAAGCUUGGAUUCUGCCUAUUCGGCCCUCCGACCUAACCAGAGAUAUAAUCGGCGUCUAUCGAGAGAGUCCAGGUGGCUCAGCCAGGUGCGUAAGCUGAUAACACGAGCCUCCAACUGCGUAAGUAAGUAGGUAGAUAGGUAGGCAGGUAGGUAGGUAUAUUGUAAUACACAGCAAGCGAAGUGAAAGCCCAGCAACGCUCCACCCACUGCACCCGAGCAACCCCCUGCCUCAGCGAUUCCCGAAGCACCAACCUA